AGAGAAAAGCGUAGUGUGCACUCUUCGAAGAUGGAUACAAAAAUGGAAAAAACAGAACCAAGAGACCGGUUCAAUCUGGUUCACCUCUGCUCCUUUUUACUGGGCUUCAUGUCGAUGGUGCCCUUCUUCAUAGUCAGCACCUCCGCAGGCUACUGGAUGUACAAAUUUCGAGAUCCAUCCACGGGGUCCAGCGAGACCAAUGGCAAUAACAGAACCACAUUACAAACCUACUUCCAAUCGGCCACGGGCAUAGCCCAACAAUUACCUUCCGUGCUCUUCGCCCUAUUUUGGACUGCUUUUGGACACACCAUCACCCCCAUGAAGCGUACCAUGUGGUCUUUGGUGGCAUUCAUCGGCUUAUAUGUAGUUUUUACCGUGUUCACCAAAAUCGAUACGGAUUCCUGGGAAGUAGAAUUUUUUUCAAUAAUAAUGAUCCUUCUGGUGAUCAAUACAGCUCUAAUGGCAACUCUACAAAUGUCCGGAGUGGUGUUAAUGGCGAAGCUCACUCCCAGCUACCUGAUGUACUACCUGGUGGGUCAAAACGGGAAUUUCUUCGUCACCAUAUUGCAAAUCAUCUGCCUCGCUGUGACCGACGACCAGACCACCACAGGACUGAUUUAUUUCAGCAUCAACACCAUCGUGAUCGUCAUGUCGGUGGUGCUGCUGAUGCUCUCCAAGAGAUCGGAGGUGUUCAGGUACUUCGAUGUGGAGAACGUGAAGCACCAGACCUCGGAGACUUUGAGCUGGAGAGAAACGUUGGAACUAGCGAAGAAAAUCUGGCCCUGCCUGUUGAUCAUUUUCCUUAGCUACUUCGGCGCGACUUCGGUGCAUCCUAGUAUCUCCACUUUGGUGGUGUCCCAGUACGAGUAUAAGAAAAACGAUUGGUCUAAAAAGUAUUUCACUCCGGUUGGCGCUUUUCUUAUAUCGGAAUGUUCCGCUAUUAUAGGAAGAAUUACCUCCAAGUAUACGAUUAUAAAUAAUAAAAACAAAUGGUUGUUCAUUGUAUUGGCCUUUGUGAGAACAGUAACACUUAUACCGAUUGGAUUGUUUUUGAAUGCACAGCCCAGGAAUUUACCUGUGAUUUUUGAUAAAGAUUGGGAGUUUAUGCUGUACAUGUUUUAUUUCGGCUUUACUUUGGGAUUUUUGAUGAACAUCUGCGCGAUGAGCAUGAAAGUUUUAGCUCCGGGUCAGCAAGAACAAGCAUUGAAAUUAAUGUCUUUAACCAUAUCGGUUUGCAGCGUUAUUUUCGUUGCAAAUGGUACAUUGACUGUUAUGAUGUUAAAACUUUAGAUAUAACUAACUCAAUUUUAUUGUGAUUUACUUGGCAGUAUUAUAAUGUAAUAAAUCUCUGUCGGUGUUUUAAUGUCGUUAAAAGAUGAAAGCUUUGUUUUUAGAAUUUUGUAAAAUCGUGAUAAUUAUUACUGUUCGAUUAGAUUAAUUCUUUUAGAUUAUACGAUUAUUAUCUUGUAAAAAUUAACCAGUAUUUUUUUGGGUUUAUCACUCGACUCGAAGACGGUGAAAGAAUAAUUUGUUAGGUAGUAAAAAUGGACAGUAAGUACAUGAAAGAUUUUUUUCGAAAAAAAUAACUUUUUACUCGCUUCGUAAUAAGUAAAUACAAAAUUCAUAGUCAAUUUAGUUCCUGAAUAAUUU